GGCGUGUAGUUCACAUUCAAACAUGACAGCAGCACAUCGUUUAUUUGUUAUACUGGUCGUUUUCACUAGCGUAUGUAUCUACAUAUGUGUCAAACAGCUAACGGGAAAGCACAUCGAGGACAAACUUUUUGAAUCUGAUCAUCUGACUACGAAGAACCUUCAGUACAAAGUACCUAAUAUUGUACACUACAUCUGGUACUCAAGGAAACCGACAACUUGGAAUUUUAUACAGUAUCUUAGCAUACUGAGUGCAUCAAAGUUCAUUAGACCAUCAAGAAUUAUGUUCCACACAAAUUGCACUCCAAAUGGACAUUACUGGAAUCGAACAACGGAGAUAUCAGAUUUUGAGAUUAUCCAUCGUUCUCCUACAAGAAGUUUGUUCGGUAAGCAAAUUCGUUUUCCUUUUGAAGAUAUCUCAGCCAGUGAUAUUGAUAGACUCAUUAUACUUAACAGAACAGGGGGUAUUUAUUUAGAUACAGAUGUGAUAGCGUUACGAUCAUUUGAUCCCCUGCGCGUUUACUCAUUCACAAUGGGGUCCGAAAGCUUGAAUGAAACUGUUCUUUUAUGUGGUGGGAUCAUCAUCUCGGAACCAGGCUCAAAGUUCUUGAAAAUAUGGAUCAAUAAUUUUGUUGAUGAUCAAAGAUCAAAAUGGGCAUAUAAUAGUGGACGCAUGGCAGACAAAAUUGCUUCACGAUUUCCCGAAGAUAUUCACAUCGAGAUGACGUCUCUCAAUCGGCCAUCACCAAAAGAAAUCGACCUAAUAUUCGCUACGAACUACAAUUGGCAUAACAAUUAUGCGAUUCAUCUUUUUGUACGAAAGUGGAAAGGACAUAUUCCAACUGAAAGGGAAAUCAAUGAAUCUGAUACAACAUUUGGGGAUAUUUCGAGAUCUGUAUUGUACGGCACUAUUGACCUUCAAGAAGACAAGAUCAUGAAGAACGACCUUCCUUGACACUAUGAAACAAUCGAUUUAGUGCAAAAUUUGUGAUAUAUUUGUACGUAGCAAGCACUAAAAGACCCUUUUAAAUCAUUUGCAAGGAAAGGGUCCUUCACAUUGUUGUGGUCAAUUAAAAUCGAACUAAUGUUUU